GCAGAAAGAAGGAGGGAGGUUGAGUUUUGAGGGAAAAGUGUCGACGGUUCUGCGCGUCAAUCACCGAGCGAAACUGGAGGGUAGGUCGAGUGAAACUGGGGCAGUUAAAAGGAAAAGCUCGCACCAUGUGCGGGGAAAAGCCUGGGAGUUGAGUUUAGUAUUAGUAAUUAAAACAUACCAGCGCGGUGUGUGUGUGUGUUUUUUUUUCUUUUUUGGGGAGCGAAGAACUUGGAGUGUGUCAAGCCUGGGACUGGGGAAGGCAGAGGACGUGUCUGAGGUGAAGAAGAAGGGGGAAAAAACAGGAUUAUUCCACCUUCACAAGUGUGUGAACUUGUAAAAAAAAAAAAAAAAAAUGCCCCAGUAGACCCGGAUUCUAUCUGUUAGAGGUGUUUCUACGCGUCCUGGAUGGUUUUUAUUGAAGAAGAAGAAGAAGAAAAAAACAUAAAGGGAUUAUUUAAAGCGAGCCUGAGUGCACGAGCCGAAGUGCACGAGCCGAGCCUGGAUACACCGAGGCUGGUUUUUCGCAUCAAAGGAGUAACAAAGACCGCGGGAAGAUGAGCGGGGGAGACGUGGUGUGCUCGGGCUGGCUGAGAAAGUCUCCACCGGAAAAAAAGUUGCGCCGUUAUGCAUGGAAGAAGCGGUGGUUCGUUUUGCGCAGUGGGCGAAUGACGGGAGACCCGGACGUGCUGGAGUAUUACAAAAAUGACCACGUGAAGAAGCCCAUCCGAGUGAUCGACCUGAACCUGUGCGAGCAGGUGGACGCCGGGCUCAGCUUCAACAAGAAGGAGCUGGAGCACAGCUUCAUCUUCGACAUCAAGACCAUCGACCGAGUCUUCUACCUGGUGGCUGACACUGAGGAGGAGAUGAACAAGUGGGUGCGCUGCAUCUGUGACAUCUGUGGCUUCAACCCCACCGAGACAGAUGACUCGGCGAAAGCGUCUCACCAGGCUGCACUGCCUGGAAAUUUGGUGGUGGACGUACCUCCUCGAUCUGGGCUGAUGGGAUCCUCUGCACUACCCAGCGUGCCCCCUCCGUACCAGCCAGUCAGCGUUGGACACCUGGACUCCUCCUCCAGCCUGGACGACACCCAGGACUACCUGCUGCUGCGCCACUGUGAGAGCAAGAAACCCGAGCCCAGCAGACACGACUGCUCGAAGUCUACCUCCUCGGAGCCGGACUGCAACGACAACCUCCCAUCUCACCGCACGCCGACUCCUUCAACCUCCACAGCCAAGCAUGCGUCGGUCAACGGCUUCUUCUCUUCCCAACACGGCCCGCUGUACGACUCGCCUCCACCGCGGGGGGCGAGUGUGUCGAUGGAGGCGCAGGCUCUGUACCAACUCCCCCGCAGCCGGUCUCAGGACACCGUGCUGCUACCGAAAAGCGCGACCUUGUCGGGCAUCGCCGACCCGGACGCCUCGGACGUCUACGUCUUCAACACGCCCGCGCGAAAGCCUUCGCUCGAGGCUCAGCUCAGGAAGAUAUCUGUCAGCUACGACAUCCCGACCACGCCUGGCAGCAACUGCACCUAUCAGGUGCCCCGCACGGCGGGGGGUGCGGAGGCCGCGGGGUCAGACGCGGUGCCGCCUCCUCGGCCGCCCAAACCCUCGGCGGGGCCGGCGGCCGAACGCUCGCCCACGGACACUUACGUCGUCCCGAGGUCGGUGUCGGAGACGGACUCGAACUACUGUGUGCCUUCGGGGCCAGGGGGAAGCAAAGCUCUACGGAGCAACACCAUUGGCCCUGUGGAUUCCUCACGUCUGCGCAAAGAUUACGGAUCACAAGACUGUUAUGAUAUCCCCAGAUCCUUCCCUACGGACAGAAACUGUUCAUUCGAGUUCAACGAACCCUUCAACAACUAUCUUAAAAACAAAGGCAUGCUGCCUGUCGGGAACACUUCCACCGAGGAGAUGGAUGAGAACUACGUGCCGAUGAGCGCAAACUCUCCGUCACAUCAGCGUUCAGGCAGCGUGUCCGAGCUGAUCCAGGAGCCCAACUACGUGCCCAUGACGCCGGGUACCGUGGAGUUCCCUUCCCUGGGGAAGCAAGUGCCUCCUCCAGCCCACAUGGGUUUCAGGUCGAGUCCCAAAACACCUCCACGAAGACCGAUGCACGUAGCCGACUGCCAGCCGCCACCUGUUGACCGAAACCUCAAGCCUGACCGCAAAGGUCAGAGUCCUAAAAUAAUCAGAGCUAAUCGGCCUGUCGGUCUUGAGCGAACCGACUCUCAAACCAUAGGUGAUUUCUCAAGACGUCGUAAGGUCAAGCCCGCCCCUUUGGACAUCAAGCCAGUUCCUGAGUGUGAGGAGUUUAUUACACCAGUGCGCUCACCCAUCACCAAGUCCUUCACCCGGGACCCCUCCAGGUUCCACACACCUCAGAGGCCACCUUCAGUGCAUAGCACCGCCUCCAGCACUGACUCCGAGGAGGGGGAUGAGAAUUAUGUCCCCAUGCAGUAUCCUAAUAUGCCUGCAGAUGAACCAAAGUUAGGACCACCCAUGAAUGCCAAAGUCGAGUAUCUGGACUUGGACUUGGACCCUGGCAAAUCCACUCGAAAGAGUAACGGGGGAGGCAUGGCAGUGUCAGAUGAGCGGGUAGAUUACGUGGUCGUGGACCAGGAGCGCACUCAAGCCCUAAAAAGCACCCGAGAGGCCUGGAGCGACGGCCGGCAGUCCACUGAGAACGACACCCCGUCCAAAGGGACCAAGUGAACCCUCAUCCCCUGCUCCUUCCCUCCGAUCCCGUCUCGGGGCCGGAGAUGGGGUGCGAUGCAGGAAGUAGAUGACGCACCUUCAUCUGCUUCUAUUAUUCAUCUAGAUUAUACUGUGAGAGAGAAGCCGGUUCAGUUCCCGUCCCACAUCAGUUGGUUUACACUGCCACCUAGCUGAGGGAAAGGCAACUGUGUGGAGGAGAGCCGGGCUUCCAGAGCGCCGUCUAUAAGCUGAGAGACGAUGUUUGUUUUCUCUACUGUGUAUCGGGGCUGAAGGAACUGCUAGACAUCACUGAUUUACAGCCCUAUCAAUCCCGUGCUAACGGAGCAGCAAAUAGACUUUCAUUUGUAUCAAGUGGACACUUGCUGCUUCACUUAGUUUUUUUUUUUUUUUUUUUCUCAGCUUGGGUUUGAAUUCCAGUCAUGUGUUCAUUCACAUUCAUGGAGUGGAAUGUUAUCUUUGAGUUUGAUCAACAUUUCUGAGUUUCUCACCAAACAGUGCUCUGCUAUAUCAUGUUCACGCGACCGCCACGGUCAGGUUACAGGAAAGUUUUCACACUUCUGCAGUUCUGUGAUAAUCUGAAGCUUUGGUACAUCCUGGUUUCUUUUUUUUUUAAGGUGGGUGUUUUGUGUUACCCACUAGAACAUUUUUAAGGUAUUGAGUGACAUGGAGGAAAAAAACAAAAAAAAAAAAACAACAAGUAAGAAGAUGAUGAUCACAGUGGACUGCUAACGUGACUGUAUAAAGUGUUGUGUAUAUUAAAUAAAGUGUCGUUUGUAUCGAAUGGCUUAGGUGUGGCCUCUGCCGGGUAGAAGUCUGCACCCUCGGGAAAGCAGGAACUGUGACUGCUGUUUUUAUUUCAUUGCAAGGUAACACAACUCAAGCGCGGAAGUCAGGUACUCACGGAAAUGAUCGAUAAUUUAGCAGUUCCUUCCUAAAUUAUUAUUUUCUUUGACUUGCUACACGAUGCAGUCCGCUCAUUGUUUCAGUAGCCUGUGAUAAAUCUUCUGAUCAGCCUUAUUUUAUUAAUUGUGCUGUAUAUGAUGCCUUGUUUGGGAAAAGAAAAGCCAGUCAGGACGUUUCAGAAGUUGUACAUUGAUCCCGCAUUCCUUUCUUGACUGGUGUAGUGAUGUAUUUUAUUGCCAGGUCGAUAAUUUAUUUCAAAUGGAUUUCCACAGUUUCUGGAGACUAACUGCCUUACGACAAACUUUUACUGUGUGAAUUUUGUACAUAUGACCGGAUGUGUAAUUUCAGCCUCAAAGUUACAGAGACUAUAUCAACUUUUAUCAUGUGCGUGACAAAUAAUUUUACUAACUAGCGAAUUCUUAGGCCAAGGAGACAUGGACACCGUCAGUGGCUUUUGCUGUAUAUAUAUACGUGCACAAACUUCCAUUUUUGUUCUAUUCUCAUGUUUAUCUUUACUGUCUGCUUUCUGUGUUCAGCCUUGUUUUUAAGGUGUAUCAUGUGGCCAGAUAAACCUCAGAUUUUCUUCAUGCUUUAUAUCUUUUCGUUUUUUAAGGAAUCAAAAAGAAAUGUACAUUUUAAAAUAAAGCAUAUUAAAAACAAACAUUUACUAUAACAUAA